CCUGCCCUGCUGAGCUGCCGGAUGGCCUCUGUCCAGGUCCUGCCUGCCAGAUGCAUCACAGGUCUCGGCAGGGCAGCGGAACAUGGCGGAUUUAAGAGGUGGCUUCUAGCCAUGUGUGCGGAAGACUAUUUGCCCCAAAGGCUGUAGGACCUUGGUGGGUCUGAGGUGACUGUACUUUAGUCAUCCCAUCCUGGUGCAUUGUAGGAGCCUGAGGCUAACCACAAAGAGGUGAUUUGACAGAGGCCUGGUCAUGAGAAGAGAUGUCAGGAGAAAGCGUGGUGAGCUCAGCAGUGCCGGCAGCUGCGACUCGCACCACCUCCUUCAAAGGGACCAGCCCGAGCUCCAAGUAUGUCAAACUGAAUAUUGGUGGAGCCCUCUACUACACCACAAUGCAGACCCUGACCAAGCAGGACACCAUGCUUAAGGCCAUGUUCAGCGGCCGCAUGGAGGUUCUCACGGACAGUGAAGGCUGGAUUCUGAUCGACCGCUGUGGCAAACACUUCGGGACAAUAUUAAAUUACCUGCGUGAUGGGGCCGUGCCUCUUCCCGAGAGCCGGAGAGAGAUUGAAGAGCUGCUGGCUGAGGCAAAGUAUUACCUGGUUCAGGGUCUGGUGGAUGAGUGCCAGGCAGCUCUACAGCAGAACAAAGAUGCAUAUGAGCCAUUCUGCAAAGUGCCAGUCAUCACUUCUUCUAAGGAAGAGCAAAAACUUAUAGCAACAUCCAAUAAGCCAGCAGUAAAGUUGCUGUAUAACAGAAGUAAUAACAAAUAUUCCUACACCAGUAAUUCUGAUGACAACAUGCUGAAGAACAUCGAGCUGUUUGAUAAGCUGUCACUGCGGUUUAACGGGAGAGUCCUCUUUAUUAAGGAUGUGAUAGGAGAUGAGAUUUGCUGCUGGUCUUUCUAUGGACAGGGGCGUAAGAUUGCUGAGGUCUGCUGCACCUCCAUUGUCUAUGCUACUGAGAAGAAACAGACAAAGGUGGAGUUCCCAGAAGCCCGAAUUUAUGAAGAGACACUGAACAUUUUGCUUUACGAGGCUCAGGAUGGACGAGGACCUGACAAUGCGCUUCUGGAGGCUACAGGAGGGGCAGCGGGCCGCUCUCAUCACCUGGAUGAGGAUGAGGAGCGGGAGCGCAUUGAACGUGUGCGAAGGAUUCAUAUUAAGCGUCCAGAUGACAGGGCACAUCUUCAUCAGUGAGGAGUGACAGCUGCAGACUGCACAGCCCUCUUGGGAAAGCUGUGGCCUGGCCUGCUCCAUUAUUUACAGUUGAUGACCAGUCAACUUAUUUAUGUUCAGUGAAGUCUAUAAAAUUACAGUUUAUACCAGACUAGAUUUUGGGGUAUUUAACGUGAAGUAGAGCUAUUAGAGGAAUAAAGAAGGUAUCAGGGGUCAGAUCAAUGCAUUUGGUGUAAUGUCUCUGAAUUUUCAGCACUUCUUUUGCUGCUGUUUUGUGGUUAGAGAGGAAGAGUGUUCUCUUCCUUCUGCCUUUUAGUAUUUAUUCUGCACUUUCUCUAGGAUUUUCAAAGAGCUGUCCACCUUCCCUACAUCCCCUCUGAACCUACU